AUGUUUGUUGGCCGAGAAGCUGUGAUCCGUGCGAUCAAGGAAAGACAAAGGGCGACCGGCCAGCGUCAUGAGCGAGUGGCAUUGGUGGGGUUAGCCGGCGUUGGAAAAACCCAGACAGCCAUCCAGUAUUCAUAUCACGUGCGAGAAUCCACACCACACACGUGGGUUUUUUGGAUUCACGCCAGCAAUGCGGCGCGGCUGGAGCAGGGCUACCAGCAGAUUGCCGCAGUCGCAGAGAUUCCGGGACGGGACGAUCCGAAGACGAACAUCUUCCAGCUCGUGUAUCAGUGGUUGCUUGAUACACGCAAUGGACCCUGGCUGAUGGUAUUAGAUAAUGCGGAUGACGAUGGUAUCUUUUUCCGUGGUAAUGAAUCCAAUGAACGUGGGCCACUGGUCAGCUUCCUGCCUCAGGCUGCGCAUGGAUCAAUCCUUAUCACAUCGCGAAAUGGUCGUGCGGCACGGAAUCUGGUGGGGACGGAUGGUCAUAUAAUUGAGGUUCAGCCAAUGAAUGAAGAAGAGUCCCUCGUCCUUCUUCGAGUAAGGGUCCCGCCAUCUGGAGACUCUGAAGUGGAUGAGAAGGCACUGGUUCAGGCAUUAGAGUAUAUCCCACUGGCUAUUACACAGGCUGCGGCGUAUAUUACCGCCCGGUUACCUCUUGUUACAGUCUCCACAUACCUUCGGCUAUUCCAUGAGAGCGAGGCGAAGCAGACGCGGCUUCUCCAGAGUGAGGAAUCCACGGAUCUCCGGCGUGAUCCCAGCAUUCGGUAUGCGGUGAUUACCACAUGGCAGCUGUCGUUUGAGCAGAUCCGUCAGGAGCGGCCCGCAGCGGCAGAUUUACUGUCGCUGAUGAGUAUGUUCGAUCGGCAGGGGAUCCCAGAGGACUUAGUGCGCGGGUCUGAACAAGAUGAGCUAGAUUUUCACGAUGCAUUGGUGCCGCUGCUUAAUUAUUCUCUGGUCCGACUGGAAAUGAGUGAAGGACUAUAUGAUAUGCACCGCCUGGUGCAAUUAUCGGUCCGGGCGUGGCUAGACAUACACCAGCAGCUCCAUAGCUGGCAGGCCAAAUCUCGCGUGAUCAUGGCACGGAAAUUUCCAGAUGGCAACUACGAAAGCUGGACGCAAUGCAGAUCGCUUCUUGCGCAUGCCAAAAGUGUUCUGGAGUGUAUGUGUGACAUGAAUGAUGAAGAUAGUUUGAAUGCCGCCGAUCUCUCAUCUAAUUGUGGAUGGUAUCUAGUCCUUCAAGGCACUUAUAAAGAGGCAGAAGUGAUACAUCGACGGGAGUUGGAAAUACGAGAGAAGGUGCUUGGACACGAGCAUCCCUCCACGCUAACCAGUGUCAGUAACCUUGGCUCAGUGCUCUUCAGCCAAGGGAAAUAUGAACAGGCAGAAGCGAUGCAUCGACGGGCGUUGGAAGGAUAUAAGAAGGUGCUUGGACGCGAGCAUCCUGACACGCUCACCAGUGUCAACAACCUUGGCUUAGUGCUUGACAGCCAAGGGAAAUAUGAAGAGGCGGAAGCGAUAUAUCGACGGGUAUUGGAAGCACGAGAGAAGGUACUUGGACACAAGCAUCCCUCCACGCUCACCAGUAUCAGUAACAUUGGCUUAGUGCUCUUCAGCCAAGGGAAAUAUGAACAGGCAGAAGCGAUGCAUCGUCGGGCGUUGGAAGGAUAUAAGAAGGUGCUUGGACGCGAGCAUCCUGACACGCUCAUCAGUGUCAACGACCUUGGCUUAGUGCUUGACAGCCAAGGGGAAUAUGAACAGGCGGAAGCGAUGCAUCGACGGGCGUUGGAAGUACGAGAGAAGGUGCUUGGACGCGAGCAUCCUCACACUCUCAUCAGUGUCAGUAGCCUUGGCAAUGUUCUCUUCAGCCAAGGGGAAUAUGAACAGGCGGAAGCGAUGCAUCGACGGGCGUUGGAAGUACGAGAGAAGGUAUUUGGACGCGAGCAUCCUGACACGCUCACCAGUGUCAAUAACCUUGGCUUAGUACUUGGUAGCCAAGGGAAAUAUAAAGAGACGGAAGCGAUACAUCGACGGGCGUUGGAAGGAUAUGAGAAGGUGCUUGGAUACGAGCAUCCCUCCACGCUCACCAGUGUCAGUAACCUUGGCUUAGUGCUCUUCAGCCAAGGGAAAUAUGAACAGGCAGAAGCGAUGCAUCGUAGGGCGUUGGAAGCACGAGAGAAGAUGCUUGGAUGUGAGCAUCCUGACACGCUCACUAGUGUCAACAACCUUGGCUUCGUGCUCUUUAGCCAAGGGAAAUAUGAACAGGCGGAAGCGAUGCAUCGUAGGGCGUUGGAAGCACGAGAGAAGGUGCUUGGACGCAAGCAUCCUCACACUCUCAUCAGUGUCAGUAGCCUUGGCAAUGUUCUCUUCAGCCAAGGGAAAUAUGAAGAGGCGGAAGCGAUGCAUAACAUGCAUUAG